AUUCUCGAGUCACCUGACUGACACUACAUCUGAGCUGAAGCUGAGGUCAGGUGUGUCCACGAGUCCACAAGUAUUGAGGUAUACUGGUAAAAAUAGGUACAGUUGUUGAGUUAUACAGGUAAACAGGUGUACAGGUGGUUAUGGCUGUAAACCUUAGUAAAAACGGAGAUUCGCUUUCAGUGGCUUAUAAAGAAGUUGUGGACAAAAAUAUUGACACUGACUGGGUUUUAUUCACUUAUGAAGGAAACACCAAUGACAUCCAGGUUGCAGGAAAAGGGGAUGGGGGUCUGGAGGAGAUGGUGCAGGAGUUGAACAGUGGUAAGGUGAUGUACGGGUUCUGCAGGGUUCUAGACUCCAGCUCUGGAGUGUCCAAGUUCGUCCUGAUAAACUGGACGGGUGAGGGAGUGAAGGGUCUACGAAAGGGAAUCUGUGCUAAUCAUGUCCAGACAAUGGCCGGGUUUCUGAGGGGAGCUCACGUAACGGUUAAUGCUCGGUCGGAGGACGAUGUGGAACCUAAUGUUAUUCGAGAUAAAGUGUCUAAAGCAACAGGAGUGAACUACAGCAUCCACGAAGAGUCUGUCAGCAACUCCAGCCAAUCACGACCACUCGGCCCUGUGGGUUCUGUGUAUAAGAAGAUCAGUGCUGUGGAGGAAAUUAAAGGUAUCAAUAAAGAUCAGUUCUGGGAACAAGCAGAGAGUGAGGAGAGGCGGCGGCGGCUGCAGGAGAGAGAAAGAGCUGCAGGUGAGCAAAAGCGUUUAGAGGAGGAGAGAAAGCAGAAGGAGGCGCAGGAGUUGGCUGAGCGAGAGCGCAGAGAGAGAGAGAGACACAGAGAGAUAGAACAACAGAGGUUAUAUGAGAGGAGGCUGGAGGAGGCGGUGCCAGAGCAGAGGCGGGAGCAGGAGGAGCAGGAGCAGCCGACCAAUCAGAAGAAAGGAAUACGGAAUGCCAAGUCAGUUAAGACAGCAAACGAGGCGGCAGCCAUCAUCUCUCAGAGAACCGUAAACCCCAGAGAACUGUUCCAACAGAAAGAGAGAAACUCCGAGAAAUUCAGCAACGGAGCUCCGAACCCCAUCAGAGGACCAGGACGUCUGAAGAGUCCAUUUUUCACCCAGCAGUCCAACAACAGUAACAAACCCACCCUUAAAACAUCCCAUUAUUCACCUCCUCCGGCACAAUCGGUUCCGACACAACCUGCCCCAGCACAAUCUGCCUCAUACCAACCUGUUCCCAUUGAAUCUGCUCCAGUCUUUCCUCAGCAGAAUCCAGAACCUUUUGCAGAUGAUCCAUUUAUUACCGAACAAACUGAAGAAUCAGACGAAGAGUGGCAAGAUUCUGAUGACGAGGAUUUAUAUGGUGUUGAGGAUGAGAACCUCUAUGAGACGAUUCCCUCGGAACAACAGCAGGAGGAGUGGCCUGCAGGUUCAGAGGGACAGGGCGUGAGUGUGCGUGUGCUGUACGAUUACCAGGCGGAGGAUGAGUCAGAAAUCAGCAUUAACCCUGGUGAUAUCAUCACGGAAGUGGAGAUGCUGGACCAGGACUGGUGGCGAGGCUGCGGUGCAGACGGGUGCUACGGCAUGUUUCCUGCUAAUUACGUAGAGCUUAUUUAAACCUGCGGAUCCUCAGGAAGUGCAGAGAGCUUUCUCCUAAACAAAUUUUACUGGUUUAUGUUAAUAGAGCAUCUUCUGUCCCACUGUGAUACUUGUUUUAAUGUUUGUAUCAAUACAUUUAAUAAAUGGUUAAAAAAAUCAGGGAGUAAAAAAUAGUAAUUACAAAUGAGGGAUUGGGAUUAAUGAUAAACCAUUAAAAAUAAGGAAUUAAAGAUGAGGGAUUGGGAUUAAAAUGAGGGAUUAAAUAUGAGGGAUUGGGAUUAAAGAUAAAGGAAUAAAAAAAAGGGAUUAAGAUAAAGAAUUGGGAUUAAAGAUAAGAGACUGAAAAUAAGGGUUUAAAGAUAAAGGAUUGGGAUGAAAGAUUAGGGAUUAAAUUUGAGGGAUUGGGAUUUAGGAUAAUGGAAUAAAAAUUAUGAAUUAAAUUGAGGCAUUGGGAUUAAGAGAUUAAAAUGAGAAAUUGGGAUCCAAGAUAAGGGAUAUAAAAUGAGGGAUUAAAGUUGUGGUAUUGGGAUUAAAGAUGAGAGAUUACGGAUUAAAAAAAUUGAAAUUGGCAUUAAAGAUUAUGGAUUAAAAAUGAAAGAUUAAAAGUUUUUAUUCUGUUCCACAUGAAAUUACCAUUCUGAAGACAGAAUCAAGGACUGAUUUUUUCCUUUACCAAAUUUAAAGAUUUUGCGAAAUGUUUUUUUUUAAUGAUCAUUUUAUGUUUAUUCAUGUCAUAGCGUCUUUUUUUAUGUAAUUGUUCAAUGUAAAGAAUGGGUACCUUUUUGUUGUGUAGUAAAAACUUGAAAAUAAUGCCUUUUGUUUACAAAAAAAAAAUCUCAGGGAGAGUAGAAUUUACGUAUAAAUAAAACUACAUAUGUUAAGAUGUAGGGCGAAAUUGAGCUUCCCCUCCUUGAAAGACCAGCAUCCGCCACUGCUAUAAAUAUAUCAUAUCUAUAGCUCAACUAUAUAACUAACAAUAACUAUAGCUCUUUA